UCAAAAUGUCGUGACAUUUUCUGUAGUGAAAUCCAACUCGCAACGCUACCCUGGGAGAUUAAUUUUUCGAAAUUAUCUCUACGUUCGAGAGAUUAUGUGAAGUCGCAUCACACACAUACUUGUUGAAUAACUGAAUUUACAAGUGUGUGAUUUGGUCGAAAAAUGUGUGCGUAUAUACCCGAAUAAGGAAUUUUUGUGUCAUUUUGGUGGAUAUUGUGCUGCGGACUCAGGGUUCUUUUUUUCGUGGAAAUUUUUGGGCGGUAUUCAAGGGUUUUAUGGGGAAAUGAUGCAUCUUCUCUCAAUUUUUCACUAAUUUUCCCCGAGAUUUACAUGGGUUUGGAUCACUUUUCUCUCAAUUCACGUGCUUCAUUUCUAAGUAGUUAAAUAAAUUCAGGUUUUUCACACAUGUUGCGAUUAUUUUUGAUCAUCUUUAUGGUACUGCUUGUCAGUACUCAAAGCCUUUGACUAAUUUUGUUGGUUGUAACAAUCUCAUUGCAUCUGUCAAGCUCAAACAUAACAAUAUUAUUCUCAUUUAUUUUGUACAAUGGUGUUCUAUAGGUCUUUGUCAGAAUCUCCACCUUCUUGGGUGGUGAUGCGUGGUAUUGAUUGGCGAAAUAAACCAGUCUAAACUUAAGCCAUCCUGUUUUUAUGUACAGUUUUUAAUUGGGAUAGCAGAUGGAAGAAGUGCUCGAAUUGAGUUUCUGUGACUAUGCUGCUGAUAUAUUUCUCUUGACCUUGAAACUUGAGUUCCAGAGAUUAGAGUCAGUUCAAUCUUAUUUGAGUAUAAUUUUGGUAAAUUGCUUACUGUUCAGGUGAUUUGGUAUAUCUUCAUGGAACUUUUCUUCAAUUAGAGAUUCUUGGAGAGGUUUUGCUUGCAAUUCGUUUAUAAGGUGCAUGAUCUACAUAUCAUAGCUUACUUAAUAAGCUGAAUAUUAUUUGCUGGCUAAGGUCAAAAUCUCCAGAAUCUGGAAGGUAGCAAUAAGUGAGUACAUAUGCGCUACUAUAAAAGAUUAUAAGCCAAGUCACUAAAGGUGUUUUGGAAGGCAUUGUGUACUUCGGCAAUCCCUUCACAGCUGAAAUCUUCCAAAAUACCUCUUGGUUAAUACAAGCGAAUGCAACUUCAAGGUCAAGAAAUUUAAGAAGUACUGGAUGCUACUGAUCGUGUCUUUCAUGAUCUGUCGAAUAGUGGAAAUCUGGUGGUUUUCUGUAGAAUAUUUAAAACACAACAGAAAAAUGGAACUUUGAUGUCAAUAAUCUGCUUUUAAACAAUUCAUGAUGGAACCCAGUAGAUGUAAAUAGUUGCAAAUUCCCUUUUUGAAAUUCUUUAUCAAAUAUAUAUAUAUGAAAUGAACAAGAAGAAAUUAUACCUAGCUACCUCCUUGGAGGAGUUGAAAAAGCUUUCAAAAAUAAAUAUUCGAUCAUCUGCACCUGAAGUUCUUAAGCGUGAAAUGUCUUUGAUAAAGUGUCAAGCUAAUGAAGUUUGGGAGCAUGAUGAAGAGCGUGCCUAUGUACUCUUUAUGAAAUACUUUGAGUACUAUGAUAAAUUAAGACAAAUAACAGGUAAAAAAGAUAGUAUAAUACUUAAAGAUGAUUUACUAUGUGCUGUUGAACGUGCUGAAACUUUGCAUGUCAAUCUAAAGGCGAGAUAUAAGAGUUUGAAAAGUCCAACUGUACCUGAACCAGAGAAAUCUAAUGAAUCCCCGCCUGAUCUUGAACCAGAGAAACCACCUCCCACAAUCAGCUCACGAUGGAUACAAUCGAAUGACUUGGCAGAGAUUAUUAAGAAGCAACAAAAUUUCCUUCUGAUGGAUGUCCGUACAGUAUCUGAAUUUGAACAAUGUCAUAUAGCAUUCGAGAACAUGAUCAACAUUCCUUGUGAUAUUUUACAACGUGGAGCUACUGUAAAUACGAUCUCUGAUUACUUAAAACUGAAUAGUACAUUUAAAAAGCUUUGGGAGAAUAGAGGUGAAUUUGAUGGUAUAAUACUAUUGGAUGAGAAUGGCUUCGACUCUGAUCUGUCCCCCGUGGACAAGAGUAAUUGUUUACAAAUUCUCAAAGAUGCUAUUUUUAAGUGGGAUGCAGCGAAAACUAUAACUAUAGAGCCAAAAAUGCUUGUCAAAGGAAUGAAAGACUUUGCCUUGCGCUACCCACCACUUCUUAUUCAAGCGGUCACAACGUCGUCAAAUCAAACGGAUUCCAAACGUGGUAGCUCUCAACUUCAAGCUUCUAAAGUGAAAUAUCCAGAUUUGAAUAUACGUGAAAUUAAAAGUGAAGAUAAAUUGCCUACUGUCAACUUGGCUGAUUUGUUAGCUUCUCAGAGUAAAAAUCCUGCGUUAUCUUUUAAAAGUAUUCAAAAUGGACGUGGUGUAGUGCAAAAUGGAACAAAUCCCGGUGUACAACGUCCACCACCACCGCCUAAACCACCGGCGUUUACCGGGCGUGUACAGUACACUCCAAAGAUGCUGCCUUCACAGUCUUCCGAAACCUCACUCACCAAUCUUAGACAGAGUAUUACACAACUUGAUCGUCAACAUAGUCUUGUAUCGAACUUGUCAAAUUUGUCAUUGGGAAAACUUGAUUUAAGUCCAACAAGUGUAACAUCGAAUCAUAUUGUACUGUCUGAUUCAAUGAGAGGCGAUGAAAACAGAGGUGAAAAAGUCUGGAAACUAUCCACUGAACAUUCAGAUGAAGAAUCCCGUAUGUAUAGUGAUUUACGUGAAAAAUCCUACACUGAUAGAUCAUUACCACGAAAAUACUCUGAACAAUACUCUGACCAAAGGAUGUAUAAACCGGUCGAUUCGCAUGUAGAUCCAUGGAGAGUUUCACUGACUGCUUCAACUAUUAAUGCCUCAAUACCAUCAGUGCCAAAUAUUCCUCCACCUGAAAGUAAACCAAUGAAUUUAGUAAAUUCUCAAUCAUCUCUAACAUAUGUACAACCAGAUGUAUUGAACAAUCAGGUUAACUCUACUGUAUGCACAACUUUGGCUAUCCAUCAAACACGUACAAAUGGUUUACGCAAUCUUGGGAAUACAUGCUAUAUGAAUUCUGUAGUACAGUGUUUAUCGCAUACCAGAGCAUUAGUCCACUACUUCCUUGAUGGUUUUCAUGAACGUAAAGCUGUAGUUACUAAUUCUCUUGGCUAUGGAGGAGAAAUUGUCAAGCAUUUUGAAGUACUACUCUCAGCCUUAUAUAAUCGACCAAAUCAAGAUGCUGAAUUGCAUAAAUUCAGGUCAGCUGUUGCUAAACAUCAAGCCAAAUUUUCCAGUAAUGAUCAACAGGACAGUUUGGAAUUCCUUCUCUUUCUAUUAGACGGUCUACACGAAGAUCUGAACGAAGCUCGUUCGCAACGGAAUAGUACUACAAAACCUUUACAGGAUCAAUCAAGUGUUGAAUAUUCGUCGAGUCGUGAACAAGCAGAGGCUGCAUGGAUUCAACAUAAGGAUUUAAAUAAUUCAAUUAUAGUGUCAUCAUUUCAAGGACUUCUUCGUUCUACUGUAAAGUGUAGUAAUUGUCAUAAAACUUCGAUAACAUUUGAUGUCUUCAUGGUGUUAUCCUUACCAAUGGAACAGAAUAAUGCAUGUCAUUUAACUGAUUGUCUUAAGUUAUUUCUCGAAAAAGAAGAAAUGGUCGGUCCAUGUCGUUGGCACUGUCCAACAUGCAAUACACGACGUGAUGCUUCUAAGUGGAUAGAAUUAUGGAAAUUACCGACUUAUUUAAUUAUACACUUGAAAAGAUUUCGAUAUGAACAUGGUAAUUGGCGAAAACAGACAACAAAUGUUAACUUCCCCAUUGAAAGCUUAGAUAUGAGCUCCUUUAUUGUUGGUCCCAAACUGCAUUCCAGUGAAUAUGCUUUAUUCGCUGUCCUAAAUCAUCGUGGUACAAUGGAAAGUGGUCACUAUACAACAUAUUGUCGCAAUAUCCGUGAUGGUCGAUGGUAUGAAUAUGAUGAUGAAAAUGUGUCCUUACUUAGCAGAAAUGAGAUACAAAAUGAUAACGCUUAUAUAUUGUUCUAUGAAUUACUACCUCGUGUAGGCGUGUUUUUUGAAAACCCUCCUGAUGUGGUUCGAUGAAUCGCUUAACCUAUUGUGAUUUAUAUAUAUAUAUAUAUAUAUAUAUAUAUAUAUAUAUAUAUGAUGAGAUAAAUUAUCAUGCUAACUUGCUUCAACCCCCUGAUGUAUAUUUUCAUAUUUUUUACCAAUAAUACUCUAAAAGAUCAGUUUCUAUCUCUUUCUUUUUUGAAAAUAAAUGUUACGUUUAUUUUUCUAUGCUUAUAAUGUUUACUUUAACCUGUUAGCAAAAUAUUAGUUUCAGUUUAUCAAACGACAGAGGGAGUUAAGCAUCAACUAACCUUUUGAUCUCACGAAAUUUACAGAUACUAUUCAGAGC